AUGGCAUUUCUUAUGCUCCUCUUCCUACUUAUCGGACAAUAUGCUGCGAUGGAACAUCCUGCUCACCUGCCCAAGAGCCUAGUUUCGCCAGAGCCCCGUGAAGGUGUGGCUAAGUAUCUGCCUGGGAAUUCCCCGUUGACAUCACCCCCGAUCUACUCGAUCGAUGGGAUGCUAGACGAAUCUGCAAUCGAAAUGCCGAGCCUGUAUGAAAAAUCAAUCAUACAACCAAACGAAGACUCUUCCAUCAAGGAGCAGACCUCGGAGUCAGAGGAGACGCCAGCUCAGGGCUUCGAUAGAUUAUCCCGGGCCUAUCCUGACCCUGCAGGGAGUAGAGCUGUAGCAUUGCCCAUGAGUGUCGAUACCGCAAGAAAUGACCAAGUUGCAAUUCAAACUACAAGUCGUGAAAUCGGCGAAACAGCAAAAGGUUUGCUUGUCUUGGGUGGCAUUGUUGUUGUCGUAGGAGCAGUUUUGGCGCUGUUCGUCACGAUAAUCUGGGCCAUUCUACGUAGGCACGAUCCCCACGUUGUGUGGGUAUAUCCACUGACUCACGCCGGCAGAGGAUUUAGGCGCCGUGGAGGUCGAUACUAUUAA